AUGCCUGCUUGGGGUACUGGAUAUUUCGACAACGACGAAGCCAACCUCUGUUUAACCAAUCUAACCACCUAUCAACCCACCAAAGAUGAAAUUGGCCACAUUAUAACCAUCCUAUCCGAAAACCUUACCAAACCUUAUCUCGAAGUCCAUUCUUGUUCGGAUACAAUGAUUAUCAGUAUUUUGAUCAUCUCCCUACAUACCCAAGAUUGGAUCCAUCUUCAUCCUGAUAUUCGUAACAAUGAAAAAUUGGCAAUCUUGAAAUUCAUACGGCGAAAUCAAACAAUUUGGGAAAGAAAAUAUCAUCAAUCAAUGGGGUUGGAAGUUUUGGAAUUGGUGAUGAAAUGUUUAGACGUUGUUUUGGAUAGAAAGAGAAGUGAAUGUAGUGAAUUAUGGUAUGAGACUACUAGAUAUGGAGAAUGGAAGAAUACUAUUGGUGAUUUGAAGAUAGAAUUGCAAAUUAUUAAACAACAACAAUACCUUGUUCCUCUUUAA